ACUUACUGGAAUAUACAUGCAGUUAAAAAAUCCUGGGGAAAAAAAACACAAAAAACAAUUGGACUCAACGAUCCAAAAUAUGAGAGACAGCCUAUAGAAGAACACUUUAAGCACUGAAUCUAAAAAGUAUCUAAGACUUUUAAAAACUAUGUACACAAAUGAUCAACUUAAACUCAAAUCUACAUUUAUCUAUUUCAAGCAAGUAAUUUAAAAAUGAAUCUAAGCAAAACACAACUAGAUAGAGUUCAAGAUUGUUGUCAUUUUUACCUUAAUUGUAAUUCACACUCUUAAAUCCGAGCCACCAGCAUUAUUUAUAGACAGCCAGUUAAAGGAGACAGUCCGAUGCAGAGCUGACAGUCAACAUACCGCAGCCGCUGUCAUACAUAAACCGCAGCAACGUUAGUGCGCAUGCGCAUCAAACCUUUAUGGAUGAAAAAGGUCACGAACUCUGACCCUCUCGACAACUGCAGAAAACACUUCCAAUAUUAUUGCAUUGACAGCAAUACAUUUUAUUACAUAUCGGAUUUUCAAAAGGUGUGCAUGCCUCAUGGGGCACUGAUGUGAGGAGCGGCGGAUGAAGGUGUGCGCAGUAUUGGAAUGGAUGGACAGACUCACAAGAUUCAGCUUGUGUCAACAGACAACAGCAUGGCUUUAGGACAUCGAAUCCAGAUCGUAACUGAUCAGCAGACCGGACAGAAGAUCCAAAUUGUCACAGCACUUGAGCCGUCCUCCCCCGGGAAGCAACAGUUCAUCUUGGCGAACGCCGACUAUUCCCCUGGCGGGAAGGUGAUUCUGGCCAAGCAGGAAGGCUCUCCUAACAAGGUGAUCCUCGCCUCUUCGGACGGCUCCGGGGUCAACCAGCUGCUUUUUGCCGCCCCCGAACUGGCAGGACAGCAGAUUCAGUUUGUGACUGACGGCUCGGACCAGUCUAUCGUCAAGCCUGUGGUGGAGUACUGUGUUGUCUGUGGGGACAAGGCGUCAGGGCGUCACUAUGGAGCCGUCAGCUGCGAGGGAUGCAAGGGCUUCUUCAAACGUAGCAUUAGAAAGAACCUGGUGUAUACCUGCAGGGGAUCGGGAGAAUGUGCCAUUAACAAACUACACCGAAACCGCUGCCAGUACUGCCGACUACAGCGCUGUAUAGCUUUGGGCAUGAAGCAGGAUUCUGUGCAGUGCGAACGGAAGCCCGUCGAAGUCGCCACCAGAGAGAAAUCGUUGAAUUGUGCGGCCUCCACGGAAAAGAUCUACAUCCGGAAGAACCUUUGCAGUCCUCUGGCUGCCACGCCCACUUUUGUAUCUGAGAAGGAAACCGUUCGGUACAUAACAUUCACCCCAAGAUACCACAGUAAUGAUAUGUCCAGUUGACAUUGAACUAUACAUGUAGUGUUGAUGUCAAACAAUAGAUGUUCUGUUUGCAUAUUUAUAGCAGAAUAGCACACAGAAGUAAAAUAGUUUAAAUAUGUCUAAAACAUGUUUUUAAACGUAUUCAAAAACAUCUUUUUUCAUGUUUAUUUUUAGCUAUUUAAAUACAAUAGUAGCAGAAUGUAACCCAACUAUUAAGCAGCAGUGGCUUCUUAUUACUCAAUUUGACUUUAAUAACUGGAUAUCAGACAUGGACAAUUUUACAUUUCUAAGCAAACAUGAUUUUAAAAUGCAACGGCUGAGUUUUUAAAAUGUUUUUGGUAUUUUAAAAAGUUGAUAUACAGGGUUUCCCCCAGCAAACUAGUUAAGCCUGGUGAUAAGGUGCUUGGGAAGUCUACCAGUUGCCCACUGUGUUGUGUUGUGUUCAAAAAAUGUGGAAAAAUUUACAGAAUUU